AUGUACAUGAAAACCGCCACAGUCGGCGCUACAAGUCACAUUACCCGAGAUGGGCUUUUAAUAUCUGGUAUUGAAGAAGCCAGUCGUGUCCGAAGUCGGCGUAUGAGACCUGUACUACCGAUACCUCGCAAGACCGUAGGACCUCUCAUCCAGUUUCGAACAGAUAAGGAGAGAAAUAGUCAAGCAUACACGACACCGAGCAGAGAUACAAGCUACUCCGAUCGACACUACAAGUUGCACCAUUCUCAGAUGGUUAUCUGGUACCUGGUAUUCAUGAAGCCAAUCGUUCGAAGCCGGCAUAUCAGAGAGUUCCAAUCAGCUCUCGACAAGUUUACCCCCGACGGCAUUGCCUGGGCUCCUCUGUGCCUUGAGAGUGUGGCCCAAACGAGCUUUAGUCUAGAAGGGCGGUUUACAACGGCGUCGACUGCUUGGCUUUGGGUGACCCUGAGAACAUAUUCGCCAAUUGCGGGUACUUCUCGGGAAGCUCAGUCUGUGACUACAUUGACAUUCUCACGGUUACUCACCUUUACUCACCUGAUUUUCCUUUGGCAUCAAUUAGCAUUUAUACCCAGGGUACCAGCAUGCUACCAGUCAAGACACACUGCCGGAGCGUUCUGCGUCCUUGACAGUUCGAACACCGACGAACAUCUUGCGUCCCAAGACUGGAAAUGA